GACGAUUUCGAGACAAUAUUUAUAUAAAUAAUUGUAACAAUAAAAUGUAUGUGCGAUUAGCAUAUUCGCUUUCAUUAAUACCGAUGUGCUGUUUUACGUAGAACUUUGCAAUCGUACUUCACUUCAUUUUAAAUUAAAACAAAUUUCUUCGUGCUGAUAUCUUCACCAUGAGUAGAGACGUGAAAAAACGACAAGUCAGCACUGACCAACUAAUGAUGCUAUUGGAUUUCCUCAAAGAGCAUCCUGAUCUAGCUAAAGGCAAAGUGAGGCGGCAUCGAACCAAGUUCAGCCCUGUGAAAUUGUGGAAUUUAUGUGCGAAAAAACUCAACACAGUCAGAGACGGUGCCGUAAAGGACGGGAAAGGGUGGUCAAGGUAUUGGUGUGAUUGGAAGUACCGUGCCAAAAGAAGAGCAUUAGAGAUAAAAGCUGCCAAGAACAACCAAAAACCGUUGCCCGAAGAUUUCACUCAACUGUCUUCAACCGAAGAGACAAUUCUAAGUAUCAUCGGUCACAGCUGCAUUGAUGAUAUAUUCAUUAAAACUGAUCCACUUGCUCAAGAUAACAAUGUUGAUGCUGAUACUGAAAAUGAUGCCGAUAAUCAGUACCAAGUAACACCUCAAGAGACUCUAAAAUUGCAUAAACGGUAUUCGUCAAAAGAAGGUUCGGAUUUAGAUAGAAGCGGAUGUUCCAGUCCAAUUCAGAAAAAACGCAAUACUAGUAAUGCCCACAUUGAAGAUUCAGAAGUUGAAGACGAAGCUGCCGAAUUUUUACGCAUAGAAGUGGAUAAAUUGCAAACCGUAAAGAGGAUAGGCGAUUCAAUACAAACCAUCGCAACCGAAGUAACUAAACUCACAGAAGUGAUGGGGCACAUACGAGACCUUUUGAUGAAUAAUAGGAUGAGUAUUUAAUCCUUGUAAAUAAUUGUAUAUUUAAUCAAAGAUUUUGCAUUAAGAUUAAUUACAAAAAAUAAAAAUAGAACUAUUUUCUUUAUGUAACUGUUGGUGAUAUAAUACAAUAUAACGGGAUUUUUGUAAUUAACA